AUGGUGAGAGUUUCAAGGAAAGAAUGGGCGAAGAAGAUUGAUGACGCUCUCUGUGCUUUCAAAACGGCAUUCAAAAUAUCCAUUGGGAUUCCACCUUAUCAACUUGUAUAUGGCAAGGCUUGUUACUUGCUAGUGGAACUGGAGCAUAUAACAUAUUGGACAAUAAAGUUUCUUAACUUUGAUACAAAGACUGUGGGAGAAAAGAGGUUGCUUCAACUAAAUGAGCUUGAUGAGUUUAGAGUGAAGGCUUAUAAAAAUGCUAAGCUUUACAAGAAAAAGACCAAAAUGUGGCAUGACAAGAGGAUCUCCACAAGAACAUUUGAUCCUAGACAAAUGGUGCUUCUUUUCAAUUCAAGGUUAAAGCUCUUCCUAGGAAAGUUGAAGUCUAGAUGGUCUGGGCCUUUCACUAUCAUCAAAGUGUCACCAUAUUGUCAUAUUGAGGUUAUGGAAGAGAAUUCUGGGAGGAAAUUCACUGUCAAUGGCCAGAGAUUGAAGCAAUACCUUAGAGGCGAUAUAGAUCGUCAAAGAACCACUUAA